AUGAAUAAAGAGCAGAUUCGUGCCUAUAUUAAAGUGCGUACGGCACUUAAUAUGCAGCCGAAAUCCAUCUUUGACGAUUUAUGUACAGCUUUGAGGGACCAAGUUCCAUCUUACAAUACAGUUGUAAGAUGGUCAAAAUUAUGUCGGGAAGGUCGGGAAGAAGUUGAAGAUGAACCACUGCCUGGUAGGCCUGUAGCCGAGACAACAUCCGACAAUAUUGAAAAAGUUCGUCACCUUAUUGAUAAUGAUCCUUAUCUUACUAUUGAUGAAAUACAAGUCGAAACUGGGCUCAGUCACGGUACCGCCCAGAGAAUUGUUUCUGACUAUCUCAAGCUGAAAAAAAAUUACCGAUCGCUGGAUACCCAACCAGUUGACCGAUUCUCAACGAACUGA